ACGUUGUCCAAUGACUGACAGACGGACCAGAGUUGCCAGCUUUUUAUAUUUUUAUACCUAACCUCAUCUGGUUUACUCAGUUACUGUAGUGUGUCACGAGAUCUGAGGAUGUGUGUGUGAACAAGUUGUCUCCCUCAAUCAAUAAUAAGUGGUUAUUUGUCGCACUUGUGUGCUUCUGUUCCACUGAAGUGACUUGAGAGAGUCGUUCGUAAACGUCACAUUGGCACCUACCAUUAGUAAAAUAUAGUACAACUUUCAAAUGAUAAUACUGGUGCCAGAAGGCUAAUUAAUAAUAUUACCUUGUCUCAUUGUAACUUGAGAAGUUCCCAGCCGUUUGAGAACCACAUUAGACUUGUCUCUGUUAACCUUUAUAAUUUAAGAGAAAAUGUCGAUGUAUGGUGUAGGUAGGGUGGGAGGGAUUCAGGUUGGGUUGUUCCUUCCUACAUCGAUUAGACAGUUUAAUCCAAGCCAGGUAUCCCGACAGUCACAGUUACUAACACGUUCUUACUACCUGAGAACCAGUUACUUGUGUGGCUCAUCAAGGUGUGCACGAGUCUACCCUACUGUUGUCACCCCCCAAAGGCUGUGUUCAAACAUGGUUAGCUAUGCUGAAGAGAAGACCAAGUUCACUCCACCUGAAGGUUUGAAUACGAAGUAUGUUGUAGAUGAAGUGCACCGCUACAUGGUGGACUGUAUGCUGGCUGUAGGAACCCCUAAACCCCAAGCUACUGCCCUUGCUGAUGUACUGGUCGCUGCUGACACCCGUGGUCACUAUAGCCAUGGGCUCAACAGGCUAGAGAUGUAUGUUAAUGACGUGAAACAGAAGGUGUGUGAUGGAGAUGCUCUUCCCUCCAUCACAAAGGAGAGUGUGUCUACAGCCCUCGUUAAUGGCAACAAUGGUCUUGGACCUGUUGUUGGUAAUUUCUGCAUGGACUUGGCUGUUCAAAAAGCUAAAGAAACAGGCAUUGGCUGGGUCUGUACGAGAGGAAGUAACCACUAUGGCAUUGCAGGCUGGUAUGCAAUGAGAGCCACCAAGGAAGGACUUCUGGGCAUGAGUUUUACCAACACAUCUCCCCUUGUUGCUCCUACCCGUGCAAAGAAGGCAGCUUUAGGAACCAAUCCAAUAGCCUUAUCAGCACCAGCAAAAAAUGGGGACAGUUUUGUGUUGGACAUGGCGACUUGUGUGGUAGCUGUUGGUAAGAUUGAGUUAGAGCGUCGGAAGGAAAAUCCUAUUCCUGAAGGUUGGGCCUUAGACAAGGAUGGUCAGCCCACUACAAAUGCUGCAGAAGGGAUGGAAGGUGCACUUAUGCCACUGGGAGGAUCAGAGCUCCACUCAGGCUACAAAGGCUACGGUCUUGGCAUGUUAGUUGAGAUCUUCUGUGGUAUCAUGUCAGGUGGACAAUAUGGCCCAAACGUACGAAGGUGGAUGCAAACAGAUCGAGAAGCAGACUUAGGGCAAUGUUUUGUGGCCAUUGAUCCCUCCUUCUUUGCGCCAGGCUUUGAGGACCGCAUGAGUGACUUGAUGGGUCAUUGUCGUGACAUGGAACCAAGUGAUCCUAGUAAACCAGUGAUGGCUGCUGGGGAUCCUGAACGUUCACACAUUAAGAAAGUGGAACAAGAGAGUGGCAUUACAUAUCAUAUUAACCAAGUCACAGAUUCUAUUGAGAAAAAACGGAGGACUCGGCAUCCUGAAGCAAGAGAAAACGGACUCCUCAGACCAGGGACUCAAAUAAAGAAAGCCUAGCUACAUGUU